CGUCAGCGGGCCUGAAGGAGGAAGUAAGACAAUCAACAACUGAACACGGAACAGCGAUAGACCUUAUCAGUAGUGUCUAGAAACAGACUCGGAGUGAUUUUUUUUUUUUUUUAGUUUCGCGUAAUAUAAAACAAUAUGUCCGUAUUUGGCAAACUGUUUGGCGGUGGGGGGAAAGGAGGCAAAGGCCCGAGCCCACAAGAAGCCAUUCAGAAACUCCGUGAGACAGAAGAGAUGUUAACCAAGAAACAAGAGUACUUAGAGCAGAAGAUUAAUGCGGAACUGUUAACAGCAAAGAAAAACGGCACAAAAAACAAACGAGCUGCUUUACAAGCCUUGAAAAGAAAGAAGCGAUAUGAGAAGCAACUGGCUCAGAUAGAUGGCACUCUCUCCACUAUUGAGUUCCAGCGGGAAGCAUUGGAGAAUGCUAAUACAAACACAGAAGUGCUUAAAAAUAUGGGCUUUGCAGCCAAGGCCAUGAAGACAGCCCAUGAAAAUAUGGAUAUUGACAAAGUGGAUGACCUCAUGCAGGACAUCACAGAGCAGCAGGAGUUGGCACAGGAGAUAUCCGAUGCCAUUUCAAGGCCUGUAGGUUUUGGAGAAGACUAUGAUGAGGAUGAGCUCUUAGCUGAAUUGGAGGAGUUGGAACAGGAGGAGCUGGACAAGAACCUGCUGGAGAUCGGUGGCACUGAGGAUGUCCCUCUGCCGAGUGUGCCUUCAAACCCAUUACCCAAGAAAUCUGCUGCCCAAAAAAAGAGAGUAGAGGAGGAUGAGGAUGACAUGGAAGAUCUCAAGGCAUGGGCCAUGUGAAUGUACCCAAUCUGACAGACUCCCAUUGCUCGUCGUGGUUGGCCUUUGCAGGCAAACCUGGGAACCUUCAGAGGGUUUACACUACAAAACAAAAUUUACCAUUGCUCUUGCAGUGUGGCUAAAACAAUCCCAGAACAACAAGAGUUACAAACGAAAAUGGAUAUGAAGCAGGUUAAUCGGACAAUAAAAUCUGAUGACAUAAUAUAUGAAGUGACCCUUAAAUGUUUGGCUAUGGUUAUUUAGGUAAUGAACUGGUGUUUCUAAUUUUUCCUCUUUUUAUAGAAGUGUUUUUUGUUUUUUUUUACCUCUCUACUAUUCAUAAAGUUUUAUUCUGUCAUGGAGAUUUGCAUGUUUGCCAAUACAGUUUUUAUGUAUAUGGCCAACACACUCUCAUCUCAUCUGAUAUAUAUGAAAUAUAUUUGGUACUGUUGUUUACUUCUAUCUUUAAUCUCAAUGUGUUUCAUUAAUGUUAUUCAUGCACUUCCAAUAGCAUAAACUUUUUUUUUAGUUUGUUGACAGUGACAUAACGUUUUGGUAAGACAUUUAAAUAACUGAUGUUAGCUUCAUUUUAUAUAUAUAUAUAUAUAUUACCUGACUGUACAUCACAUUUUACUCGGUGCAUCCAAAUAGUUACAGAAAAUUACCUAAUUUAUAACACAUCUUAACCUAUUGUACUCUUUUCAGACUUUAUUCAUUGAUGUGCUGAGGUUUUAUCUGACAGUAGAUGUUUGUAAUUAUAUAAAAUAAACUAUACCAUAUUUUUCCCCUCUCGUAUGGGAUCAUGUACUUUUUUGAGAUGCAAAAAUGCUGUAUCUAUUCAGGUUGAGGUGUAUGUGUUGUAUGUGUACAUUUGUAUUUUAAAAAAAAUGCAGAUGGCUUUUAUUUGAGAGAUCAUUAAACUUUUGGAUUCCUUUU